UUCGUAGGUAGUAAGGAGGCAGAGUUGGAGUGUCCAAAACAACAUAGCCCAGGUCAUAUGGUAUUUGAAAAGACAGGAGUUGAGGUUGUUUCUCUUGAUAACAACAGGUCUACUCUUCAACACUUGCCACGUGAUUUGGUACUGCAUGCCACACCAGAAGGGCUGGAUUUACCUGGAUUUCUUGAGGAUGAUGAAUUUCCACUAAGUCCAGCAUUUAUUUUUAUUUCAAAGAACCAGUUGCUGGAACCCCUUGAGCUUCAGAUACCUCAUGGUGCAAACAUGGUGCUUUCUCCAAAUAAGUGGAAAAUCAUUUUGAAGGAGUUGAAAAAUGAUGAAUGGGUAGUAAGUUAUGUGAAGGGUAGUAAGUCAUGUGGAAUAAAAGAAUUCCUCCCCAAAAACAACCAUGUUAGCUUUAAAACACAUUAUUUUGCAACAUUUGCAGUGGUUGGACACUGUGAAGAGCAAUCUUUACCAGUAUUCAAGAGAAUGAAGGUCAUGGCAUUUUGUAAUGACACCAGAGUUGGAGAAGACCUUGUUGUGAGAUUGUACUGCUUUGAUGACUGCGAGUGGUCAUUUGAGAAUGUUAUGAGGGAGGAGAAAAAGGAAGGAGGAAAGCCCAUGUCAUCAGUUGAAUCUCUUGAUUUUUCUGUAAUUCAUGAAGAGGAUGUAGAAAUUGGUGUGAAGGAUAUUGAUGGCUGGAAGCUAAAGAGUGGUCACCAAAUGAAAAUCAGCUAUGCAUCACUGAAGAACUCUUUCAGUACAACUCCGAGAUGCAAUCUGGUAUUUAGCUCAGCAUCUAAAAAGAAAAGCAGCUUCUUUGCUACUAUUAUUUUGACUCAGGCAUCCAAUCAAACUUUGAUGUAUGCAAGCACUGCUAUUAAGGAGGAUCCAAGCUGGUGUAUGAAUCAGAGCUCGAUUGCAAAUGCCAUGAAUGGAAACCAAGUCACAAGUAUCGCAGAUAUCACUGUUGUAAAGAGUGGAAAGGGAAAAGAGAAAGAAAUUUCUGACUGCAUCAUUCAGUUGCCAGCUUUAUACUCAACCCCUACAAAUCCUUGCAAGAAAAGCCAACACUGGGUUGAAAAUGCAGAUGGUCCACCACAGUGUAUAGACUGUCAGGCUUGCCCUCCAGGCCAGACUAUCUCACCAGAAUGUGGAAAUUCAAAACCAUUAACACCUGAUGCAACAGUGUUCUGUGUUCCAUGCCAACUGGGAAAGUCAUUUUCCAAUGAAUUUAGCAUAUCUGUCUGCAUUCCUUGUUCAUCUUGCUCCAAGGACCAGGUGGUGAUGAAAAACUGCUCACGUCAAGCAGACAUUGAAUGUGGAAAGAGAUGUUACAGCAAAGACAGGUAUUAUGAUGAAUCCAAAGGAGAUUGUCUUAAAUGUUCCAAGUGCUGCAAUGAUGAUCGAGAUGUGGUGGAGAGUGAAUGUAUAGAAAAGUUGGGAUCUCAAUCAAGCAUGAUCUGCUCUUUCCACAGCAGUGUCAAUAGAUGCAAUAUUAAAUCAACCCCAAAAUUUGUACCUCAGGUUACCACUGAAUCAAGUCAGAGUUCAGCUGCCACUACAUCAAGUCACAUAGUCACUGUAGCCUUAACUAAUACCAGUGCCGAUGUGGGUUACAGAUUAGAAAAUAUAACCCAUUCUGGGGUUGGUAGUUGGUUUGCUUCUAAAAACAAGGAUUGCAAUAACUCUUGUAUAUCAAUUGCAGCCACUGUGGCACUACUACUUCUGGUAAUUGGGAGUGGAAUUUACCUAACAUGCUUUUGCAAGUCACGGUCACCAAUGCAUAGUUGUGUUGAUCCAGAUGGGGGAACACAUAAGAAGAAAAGUACCAAAGUUCAUUAUAAUUCUGGAUUAGCAGCAGUUGAAUUAUGUGAACCACUGUUAGAGGGUGAUGGAAAGUUGUGUACAAGCGCUUGCCACAAUGCAGAACAGUUGGUGAAGUCAGAUUCUAAGCCAAUAGGAAGCUUAUUGGACUCAAGUGAACUGGAAACAAUUUGUGAACUUUUAGACACACCCAUUGGUGGAAAACUGGCCUAUGAGAUAAUUGCUCGUUUUUAUGGUGCCAAUUACUUCAAAAUAAAAGCAAGGUUUCAGGAUCAAAAAUCAAAAGCAGUGAUUGAAUGGUUGGCAACUGAAAGGCCAGAACUGACAGUUUGGGAGUUUGCUAAUGUGGUGAGGAGAGAAGCUGGGAGAACUGAUGUUGCUAAUCGGUUGAAAGCAAUAUUUGAUGCAAAGGCCACCAAAGAAUUAACUGAUGUGUGAAAUAUGUAUAUAGUGUUUAUUUGACAUCACUCACCUCAAUAGUUGACCACAAACUUUAUUUGAUUUUUGUAGAGAUUAAGUUGAAAACGUGCAUGUGAUUGUUUAGUGACUGUAAAAACAUAUACUACAGAGAUGUAUGUUUGCUAAGAAUGUGAGAGUGCUCAGAUUCUCUUCCCCAGGACCCCUUAACACGAGCCCCCACUUACCAAAGUGGCCUGUUAGGCAGAACAAAAUUUGCCUCCAUUUUGAAGGAAAAAUCUCAGCCUGGUUUCAAACUCAGCUGAGAUUUAAGCACUGUUACAUAACGUUGUUCACUUGAGAAAUUUCAUUGUUGUUAUUG